GAUUCUGCCUUAAGAUGUUUUACAUCAAACCCAUCAUUGGCCCCGUCAAGAAGGGAGAGAAAAUCAGCAUCCUGCUUCCCUUGCAAAGGGUCACCUGAGGAAUUACAUCCUGUGUCCAUAUCCAGAGCUGUGGCUUAGCAGAUCCUACUCCCAGUUUGUAG